CUUCUAGGGGUGAGUCUCCUCAAAGGACUUUCUUACUGCGUCAAUUAGUUCUUGUCACUGCGGGCAGCUCCUCUCUGCUUGGAGGGAUUAAACUUUAACAUCCUCGGGCAAACUUGCAGCACAGUCCGGUAGCUUGUGUUGUCAGUAGAUGGGAUAGAGAAGUUGGUGCGCUAAAGUCUCUUGUAAAAGUUUGCGCAGGAGGAGCCGAGGUUGGGAUCGACUCCUUUAGCCAUGUUAGCGGCAACAUGUAACAAGAUAGGGAGUCCGAGCCCUUCACCGUCCGCCAUUUCGGAUAAUUCCUCGUCAUUCGGCAAAGGCUUCCACCCGUGGAAGAGAGCCGCCGCCGCCGCCGCCGCCGCCAGCAGCUGUAGUCUGGGCACCGGUCUGUCCGGUUUCGGGGUGUCCCGCAACGGCUGCGGCAUCUCGGACUCCUUCGCCUCCAACGGCUCCACGGGCUCCAGCGCCUUCUCCCUCACGUCCGGCGCCUCGUCAGGCGCCGCGGCCCACUUCGGGAACGACUACUCCGUGUUCCAAGCCUCCGUGUCGAACGGUUCCCAAGAGUCGAGCCACCAGCCGGUGUUCAUCUCCAAGGUGCACACGUCCGUGGACAGCCUGCAGGGCAUCUACCCGAGGAUGAGCGUGGCGCACCCGUACGAGUCCUGGUUCAAGUCGUCGCACCCCGGCAUCCCCGCGGGGGAGGUGGGGACCACCGGGGCGUCCGCUUGGUGGGACGUGGGAGCCGGCUGGAUCGACGUGCAGAACCCGAACGGAGCCGCGCUACAGACGUCGUUACAUUCCGGUGGACUGCAGACGUCCUUACACUCUCCUCUGGGUGGAUAUAAUUCUGAUUAUUCCACUUUAAGUCACUCUGCCUUUAGUACAAACCCCUCUCCGCACCUGUUGACCACCGGCCAGCACCUGAUGGACGGCUUCAAGCCGGUCCUAUCCUCCUAUCCGGACACCAGCCCCUCUCCGUUAACAGGUGCAGGGGGCACCAUGCUCUCAGGGGGUCCACCCGCCUCCUUAGCGGGGUCUCCGAGGUCAUCCGCCCGGCGCUACUCGGGCAGAGCUACCUGCGACUGUCCGAACUGCCAGGAGGCGGAGAGACUCGGACCGGCGGGCGCCAGCCUCCGGAGGAAGGGCCUCCACAGCUGUCACAUCCCGGGCUGCGGGAAGGUCUACGGCAAAACGUCUCACCUCAAGGCGCACUUGCGCUGGCACACCGGCGAGCGGCCGUUCGUGUGCAACUGGCUCUUUUGCGGCAAGCGCUUCACGCGUUCCGACGAGCUCCAGCGACACUUGCGCACGCACACCGGGGAGAAAAGGUUCGCCUGCCCGGUUUGCAACAAGCGGUUUAUGCGAAGCGACCACCUGAGCAAGCACGUAAAGACUCACAGCGCCGGGGGGUCCGCCGGUUCAGGCUCCGGGGGGAGCGGAGGCAAGAGGGGGAGCGAUACCGACAGCGAGCACAGCGCACCGGGGAGCCCGCCGUGCCACUCCCCUGACCUGUUGCACCCGGCAGAGACGAGCCAGGGCGUCGGCAUGAACGGCCUCUAACUCACUUCAUGUGUCAACCACAAGAGAAGUUUUGGUAAGGACAUGGCAGUGGACAUAUUGUGUGCGUAAUGCUCCAAUUAAGAACAUAGGCCGUUACAUUUCUCAAUAAUACACACAGUUAUGCACAAUGUUUGUUAUUAAACAAAUCACCACUUUCAACAUGGGCAUGACAGUGAACAGUUUUGGUCUUUAAUGGGACUACACUUUUUUUUUUUGUCAAGAAAUGUGUCCUUUACAUUUGUCAACAAGAGGGAUUAGGUGUAAAAUUUGCUAAGAAAAAUAUGUGUUUUGAUAGAGACAUGCACAAUACUCCAAAUUGGUCUGUAUGUUUUUAAGUACCUUGCAAUGGACACACUUUAUGUAUAGGCCUUCCCAUUAUUAUAUGUCGUUUAAUAGGAAUAAGGCCUAUAUUUUUUAUUUGUUGAUGGCUAUAAAGUUAUAUUAUUAUAUUACAGCAUCAUGCAUUUUAUGGGGGGUAUAGGUUUUUUUUGUAAUGAUGGAGUAAACGUAUUGACAAAAAAAGCACUGUAAAAAUUCUAUUGUAAAUUCACAGUAAAUUACUGGCUAAUAAAUUGCAUUACUUUCACAGUAAACCACUGUGGCGUAAAAUGCUGUGAAAUAUAAGGAUACUGUAAUUUUUACAGUCAUUUGUUGUAAGGUACAGGAAACUUUGAUUGCAGCGUUUACUGUGAAAUAGUACUUUUAAAUGCUGUGAGAUCCUGGUAACUUUUUUAUAGUGAGGCUCUUUUUUUUUUUUCAACAGCCAAAGUGUACUCAAAUAUUAUUCAGAAACUAGGCCUAACACAUUUGGUGGGUAAGGACUUACUUUUCAGUGUCAUUUUCCCAUAAUUUAGAUAAUCCCUUUUUUUUUUUAAGAAUUGGGAAUUACAAAAUGCUCCAAGUCAUUUAUUGAGAAAAUAUGCCAGUUUUUUGCAGAGUUUUGACUGCGGACACUACUGUCAUUUACUGGUGAAAUUAGGCCUAUAUCAUAUCUUGUUGUUCCACAAUAUAAAUAUCCCUUCAGGUGGAACAUUGGUCAAAAGUUGUAGGAGCACUAAAAAAAAAAAAAUACAAUAAAAAACAAAUAAAUAAAUAAAUAAAAACAUAGGACACCAUUUAUUUCCACGCCUUAAUUUUUGGAUGUGUUGUCACACAUUAUUGGUCAUGGGCAAACUCUGGCACUUUAUUACCUACACAUAUGGAAUACAUGGGAGUAAAAUUACGUUUAUAGUGAUCAUGUUGGAAAUCUCACACACACACACACACACACACACACACACACACACACACACACACACACACACACACACACACACACACACACACACACACACACACACACACACACACACACACACACACACGCACACACACACACACACACAAGUUAUAGUUCCUUAAAUUACUGCAAACGUGUGCUGUACAUAUUGAAACGUGUAGGUUAGCGUAUACGGCCUAUGUCAAAAGGUGAGUAAUGUAUUUGUCCAGGAGACGAUUUUGUAUAGCUAUUUCUAGUUGUAUAUGGAUUCUAGUAAAUAUUUGAAAAUAUACGGAGAUGUACUUGGAUUUUUGCUUUGACAUGAUAUGAAAUGUAUUUGUGGGGAGUUCUAUUUAACCACGACGUUUCUUGUA